AUGCAUCCUACUCUACACAUAUAUAUGAUGUUUUAGGACUCAGUCACCAUUGAGGAUGUGGCUGUGAACUUCACCGCAGAGGAGUGGGCUUUACUGGAUCCUUCACAGAAGAAACUCUACAGAGAUGUGAUGUGGGAAACCUUCAGGAACCUGGCCUCAAUAGGAAAAACAUGGGAAGAUCAUGAUAUUGAAGAUCAGUACAAAAUCCAAGGGAGAAAACAGAGAAGUCAUAUGGUAGGGAGACUCGGUGAAAGUGAAGAGGGUAGUCAGUGUGGAGAAAACUUCAGCGUUAUUCCAAAUCUCAAUCUGAACAAGAAAACUACUGGAGCUAAACCAUGUGAAUGCAGUGCAUGUGGAAAAGUCUUCAUGCAUCAUUCGUCCCUUAAUAGGCAUGUUAGAUGUCACACUGAACACAAACCAUAUGCAUUUCAAAAAUAUGGAGAGAAGCCACAUACAUGUAAGGAAUGUGGGAAAGCCUUCACUUUUCCCAGUUCUCUUCGAAUUCAUGAAAGAACUCACACUGGAGAGAAACCUUAUGAAUGUAAAAACUGCAGUAAAGCAUUCAUUUCUCUCAGUUCACUUCAAAAACAUGAACGAAUUCAUACUGGAAAGAAACCCUUUGAAUGUAAAAUAUGUGGUAAAGCAUUCAGUUUUCCCAGUAAUGUUCAAGUACAUGAAAGAACUCAUACUGGAGAGAAACCGUAUAACUGUAAGACAUGUGGGAAAGCCUUCAGUUUAUCUUGUAGUGUUCAAGUACAUGAAAGAAUUCAUACCGGAGAGAAACCCUAUGAGUGUAAGGAAUGUGGGAAAGCCUUUAUAACUUCCUCAAGCCUUCAAGCACACAUGAUUUCUCACACUGGAGAUGGGCCUUAUAAAUGUAAGGAAUGCAAUAAAGCAUUCAUUUCUCCCAGUGCAUUUCGAACACAUGAAAGAAUUCAUACUGGAGAGAAACCCUUUGAAUGUAAAAUAUGUAGUAAAGCCUUCAGGUUUUCCUAUUCUCUUCGAAAACAUCAAAGAACUCACACGGGAGAGAAGCCCUAUGAAUGUAAAAAAUGCAGUAAAGCAUUCACUUCUUCCUGUUCUCUUCAAAAACAUGAAAGAACUCAUACCGGAGAAAAACCUUAUGAAUGUAAAAAAUGCAGUAAAGCAUUCAGUUCUUGCAGUUCUCUUCGAUUACAUGAAAGAAAUCACACUGGAGAGAAACCCUAUGAAUGCAAAAAAUGUAGUAAAGCAUUCACUUCUGCCAGUUGUCUUCGAAAACAUGAAAGAACUCAUACUGAGGAGAAACCCAAACAGUGUAAACAAUGUGGAAAAGCCUUUAGGUAUCAUCAUGCUUUUCAAAGGCAUGAAAAGACUCACAUAGAAGAGAAAACCUAUGAACGUAAGCAGUGUGGUAAAACUUUCAUUUCUCAUCAAGGUCUCCGAAUACAUGAAGGAGGAAAUCACAAUGGAGAAAAGCCCUAUGCUUGUAAGGAAUGUGGGAAAGCCUUCCGUUAUCGUGCAUCCUUUCACAUACAUGAAAGAAUUCACACUGGAGAAAAACUCUAUGAAUGCAAGGAAUGUGGGAAAACCUUUAUGUGGUUCAAAAGCUUUCGAAGACACAUGGUAAUGCACAAGGGAGAUGUUCCUUAUAUGUGUGAGGAAUGUGGAAAAGCCUUUAGUUGUUCCACUUCAUUGCGAAGACAUGAAAUAAUUCACACUGGGGAGAAACCCUAUCAAUGUAAACAAUGUGGAAGAAGCUUUAGGUAUCAUCAGACUUUUCGAAGACAUGAAAGUACUCACACAGGACAGAAACCCUAUGAAUGUAAGCAAUGUGGUAAAGGUUUUGUUUCUCACCAAGGUUUCCAAACACAUGAAAGAAAUCACACUGGAGAGAAACCCUACAAAUGUAAACAGUGUAGUAAAGCAUUCAGUUGUCCCUAUUCUCUUCAAAAACACGAAAGAAUUCACAGUGAAAAGAAACCCUAUGAAUGUCUGGAAUGUGGCGAAGCCUUUAGUUAUUCCACUUCAUUGCAAACACAUAAAAGAACUCACACUGGAGAGAAACCCUAUCAGUGUAAAACAUGCAAUAAAGCAUUCACUUCUUCCAGUUCUCUACGAACACAUGAAAGAACUCACACUGGAGAGAAACCCUAUGAAUGUAAAAAAUGCAGUAAAGCAUUCAGUUGCUCCAGUUCUCUACGAACACAUGAAAGAACCCAUACUGGAGAGAAAACCCAUGAAUGUCAGGAAUGUGGGAAAGGAUUCAUUACUCUCGGUUCAUUGCGAAUACAUCAAAGGAGUCACACUGGAGAAAAACCCUAUGAAUGUAAACAAUGUGGUAAAGCCUUCAGUUAUUACCUUUCCUUAAAAUUACAUGGAAGAAUUCAUACUGGAGAGAAACCCUAUGAGUGCAAGGAAUGUGGGAAAGUCUUCUCCUAUCACCAAACCUUAAAAAUACACUUGAGACUGCACACUGGAGAAAAGCCCUAUGAAUGCAAGGAAUGUGGGAAAGCCUUCUCUUAUCACCAAGCCUUAAAAAUACACCUGAGACUACACAAUGGACAGAAAUCCUAUCAAUGUAAACAAUGUGGUAAAGCCUACAAAUAUUAUGGUUUCUUACAAAUACAUGAAAAAAGGCAUACUGAAGAGAAACCCUAUGAAUAUCAGGAAUACGGGAAAGCCAUUAUUUCUUGA